AUGGACAGGGUUCAAAUCUUGCAUGCACUUUUUCUUCUUGCUAGCCCAAUGUGUUUGGUAUCAAGAUUGAAUUCUUCAGUGGGUGCUUGGAGAAUGGGAAUAAUUGGCCGUUUGGCUCUACUUGCCACAUUGCUGGCAAUUGCAUUACAAACAUACAUAUACACAUAUCCUUCAUUGAAUGCAUCACAGUGCUAUUGGUCACAUGAGUACCGUGGUGACUUGACUCCAAUGCAAGAGCAACUCAUUUCGAUUCCAUACAUUGGCGAUUUGUACAAGCAAUAUUUUAUGGUUGAUCAAGGUACUAAGCCUGGCUUGGAACUUGAAGAGGGCCAGCCACGUGAUAUUCGUAUGAUGACUGUAGGUGACCCACAGUUGAAUGGCAACUGGCCAUCCACCCCAUACAUGAAACGGUUGGACAAUUUGGGUAACGAUUACUACAUGAGACACAUAUACCAGGUGAUGAAGAAGAGGCUUGAUCCGACCUUUGUAACCAUGAUGGGCGAUCUACUAUCAUCACAAUGGAUUGGAGAUUCUGAAUUUUUCAAUAGAACAAGAAGAAUUGUUAAUAGGUCCUUUCCAAGACCGGAAAGACAAGUUUUAACGCAACUAGAAAUAUGUGAUAAGCAUGAGGAUCUGGACUGGAUGGGUUAUUUCUAUGAGUUCUAUGAUAACUUGAACAAGGGGUUUUUCAAGGAUCCCAAUUUUUAUCAUUUUGAGAAUGUCUAUGAUUGGGAUUCCGAAGGUUCUUUUCUGGACAAAGAAACAGGCUUAAACAAGGAGCCUCUAUUUUUAAACGUUACGGGAAAUCAUGAUAUAGGAUAUGGAGAUACUACUUUCCAACACAUGUGUAGAUGGUCAACACUAUUUGGUAAGUCUAAUUACUGGAUUGAAUAUGAUAACGAUACAUCACAUCCAUGGAGAAUUGUGAUGUUGAACUCUCUGGCUAUUGAUGGCCCGAUGCUUGAGCCUGUGUUCAAAGAUUAUGUUUGGCAAUUCAUUGAAACUUUGGAAAGAAGAAAAUACAACGGCUCGACAAUACUUUUAACCCAUGUUCCAAUGUACAAAAGAACUGGGCUUUGUAAUGAUGGGCCUCGAUUUGAGUAUUAUGAAGCUGAAGGAUGUCACGGAUGCUCGCCAAGUAGAGUUGGCCUAUUGAAGUCCCAAAAUCACCUGUCCGAAGAAGCAACACAGCGCAUUCUUAAUGCGGUUUUCCGGGAGGGUAAAAGUGGCAUUAUUUUGACUGGGCAUGAUCACUACGGAUGUGACAAUUACUACAAUUAUCAGGAAGAGACCAAUCAAUGGGUUGCUUCCAAGACUAUCGACAGUAUGAAGUGGAUUAGGGAAGUCACUGUGAGGUCCAUUAUGGGUGACUAUCACGGAACAAUGGGUAUCAUGACAGGGCACUUUGAUAAGAACAGCGACGCCUGGGAGUUUGACUAUAGUGAAUGCAGGUUUACAAUCCAGCAUGUAUGGUGGGCAGCACAUAUCUGUACACUUAUUGCGUUGCUAUUGACAUCCAUAUCGAUAUUUGUAUAA